AUGAGAAGCAAACUGCAGGAGGUUCAGAUGAAGUUCACCGACAGUCGUAUUAAACUGAUGAAUGAGAUCUUGGGUGGAGUGAAGAUCCUGAAGUUUUAUUCUUGGGAAGGAGCUUUCUUGCCACGAGUCAACAUCCUGCGAGACGGAGAACUCAGCGCACUAAAGACGUCUCAGAUCCUUUACUCUGUUUCCCUGGCUUCUUUCAACUCCUCAUCCUUCCUGAUUGCUUUGACAGUGUUUGGAGUCUAUGUGUUGAUUGAUGAGCAGAAUGUUCUGGACGCUCAGAAGAUCUUUGUUUCGGUCGCUCUGAUCAACAUCCUGAAGACACCUCUGAGUCAGCUGCCCUUCGCCAUGAGCACCACCAUGCAGGCCAUCGUUUCGCUCAGACGUCUUGGAAAUUUCCUGAGUCAAGACGAACUGAGGCCCGACAAUGUAAAGAGACUUCCUCGUAGCCCAGAUGGAGACGCUGUGCUGAUUGAGGGUGGAUUCUUUUCCUGGUCCAACAGCGGGCCACCAUAUCUGCAGAGGAUCAACGUGAAGGUGAAGACAGGUUCGCUGGUGACCGUGGUCGGACAUGUUGGCUCUGGGAAGUCAUCUCUGCUUGCCGCCAUGUUGGGAGAGAUGGAGAGGAGGAGUGGCUGCGUUUCCAUCAAGGGAUUUUCAUCUGAUGCUCUUCGUAUUGUGGCCUUCUUCAUAUGUUUUUCCCUCCAACUCAUCGAACUCGUCCUCAGCUGCUUCUCUGAUUGCCGACCGCUGUCCGACAAACACGCCAACAUCCAGAAUCCGUGUCCAGAAGAAGAUGCCUCGUUUCUCUCCAAGUUUUUUUUCUUCUGGUUCAGUAGUUUGGUGGUUCAAGGUUACCGGCGCCCCCUGCAGGCUGCAGAUCUUUGGACUUUGCGGGACCAGGACUCAUCAAUCCGUAUCAUGACAGAACUGGAGAAGUCCUGGACUCAGAACUGCAAACAGAUGGAGUAUGACACUUUAUGAUUCAGGUCCUGGUCCUGGUCCCGUUCCCGGUCCCAUUCUGCUGUGCCGACAGAAACGACCCAGCUGCUGAGGAAGGACGAGAAAGGACGGGGUUGCUGCCUCUUCCUGCUGCGAGCUCUGGGGCGGAGCUUCGGACCGUACUUCCUGGUUGGGAUGCUGUGUCUCUUCGUCCAUGACGCUGUCAUGUUCGCUGUGCCGCAGGUGCUCAGCAUGCUACUCGGCUUCAUGCGGGAUAAAGACGCUGCCAUGUGGAAAGGUCUCCUAUUCGCCUCGCUGCUCUUCAUUCUGUCCUGUCUUCAGUCUGUCCUCCAUCAUCAGUUCAUGUUUCACUGCUUCACUGUCGGAAUGAGAGUGAAGACUGCAGUCAUGGGCCUGGUCUACAGAAAGAGUCUGCUGAUGAGCAACGCAGCGCGGCAGCAAUGCACUCUGGGAGAAAUCAUCAACCUGAUCUCAGCCGACACGCAGAAGCUCAUGGACUUUGUGGUUUAUUUCAACAGCGUCUGGAUUGCUCCUAUCGAGAUUGCUCUGUGCUUCUACUUUCUGUGGUAUCACUUGGCAACAGGAAGUGGUGACAACACCUGUAAGGUGUGGGAGCUGAGAAACAGGAAGUGUCUAUACACAGUCCCCGCCCACCAAAACCUGCUGUCAGCUGUUCGUUUCCAACCCACAGACGGUCACUUCCUGCUGACCGGUGCCUACGACAACACAGCAAAGGUUUGGAGUCACCCAGGCUGGACGCCGCUGAAGACGCUCGCUGGACACGAGGGCAAGGACUGGAACAUAACCUGGUACACCUCUACACCAGACCUCACCAAGUGUUUCCAGCACACUGUCCUUGUGUGGUUCCCGUGUGUUUACCUGUGGAUGUGUUCACCGCUCUACCUAGUCUACCUGCAGCUCCGCCCCCACCAAGGCAUCAUCCCACUGUCCAAACUCUGCUGCAGCAAAACAGUGCUCAGGAUGAGGUUGUUGGUGAUGCACCAGACUGACAGUCGCUCCACCUUCAUUCUGUACGGUCUCAUCUCCUCCAGAGAUGAGCCCCACCACCGUGGUAUCAUCCACAAACUUGAUGAUGGUGUUGUUCAGUUCGUCUUGGCCUCUCUGAUGCCUCUCUUCAGAGCAGCUCGAGCACAGCUGUACAGGUCCCGGUCUCCAGACCUCAAAACGCUGUUUCUCUCCCUCAGCAGUGCCUUGACCUCCUUGUUCAUCCAGGGCUUCUGGCUGGGAAACACCCAGAUAUGCCUGUUCACUGUGACGGUGUCAGCACAGUGCUGGAUGGAGCCUAGUACUGCUGAGGUGAUCACCUCCAGAAAUCAUAUUAAUAAACAUUAUUUUGACAUUGGAUUGCAGGGCUCAGUGUCAUACGUCCCACAGCAGGCUUGGAUCCAGAACGCCUCUCUGAAGGACAACAUUCUGUUUGGUGGACAAAAGACAGAGAGCUGGUACCACCGAGUGCUGGACGCCUGCGCUCUGAUGCCGGAUCUGGACAUCCUGCCUGCCGGAGACAGCACUGAAAUUGGAGAGAAGGGGCUGAACCUCUCCGGGGGGCAGAGGCAGAGGGUGAGUCUGGCUCGAGCCGCCUACAGGAGGUCGGAUGUUUACCUGCUUGAUGACCCGCUGUCAGCGGUCGAUGCUCAGGUGGGACAGCACAUCUUUGACCGAGUCAUUGGACCUGGAGGACUCCUCAAAGACAAAACUCGGGUUCUGGUGACUCACGGCCUCAGCUUCCUCUCUAAAGCAGACCUGGUCCUGGUGAUGGAGGACGGCCACAUCUCAGAGAUGGGUUCCUACAUGGAACUGAUGGACAGGAAGGGAUCCUUUGCUAAACUUAUCCACACCUUUAGUAUAACCCAGCGAAGAGAGAGUUCCACCUUCAGAGACAAGAGCAGCAGAAAGUCGGUGUCUCGCCUCAGUGUGACAGAUUUUUCCAUCGAUCUCUCUCAGGAACAGCUGAUCAGCUGUGAUUUGAGCAAUGCCAGUGUUAAAGUGAUGGAGAUCAUGGAUCAGGAUUUGGUCGCUGAGGAUGCUGGGAAACUUACAGAGGCUGACAAAGCUCACACAGGCAGAGUCAAGCUACAGAUGUACAGAGAGUACUUCAGGACAAUUGGCCUGACCUUCAUCAUGACCAUCAUCUUCCUCUGUGCCUUCCAGCAGGCUGCCUCGCUGGCCUACAACUAUUGGCUGAGCCUGUGGGCCGACGAGCCACCGGUCAACGGCACACAGAGCGACCACGAGCUGAAACUGAGCGUGUUCGCAGCGCUCGGCUUCACACAGGGGUUGGCCAUGUUUGGUACGACCCUCGCCAUUGCGCUGGGUGGGAUCGUAGCAUCGCGUCACCUUCAUGCCGAUCUUCUGCACAGCGUCCUGCACUCGCCCAUGUCCUUCUUCGAAGUGACGCCCAGCGGAAACCUCCUGAACCGCUUCUCUAAAGAGAUUGAUGCAAUUGACUGCAUGAUUCCCGAAGGGCUGAAGAUGAUGCUGGGCUAUUUGUUCAAGUUGCUUGAGGUCUGCAUCAUUGUGUUGUUGGCCACACCUUUCACAGGGCUGGUGCUCCUCCCUCUCACCUGCGUCUACAUCUUCAUACAGAGUUUCUAUGUUGCGUCGUCAUGUCAGCUGCGACGUCUGGAGGCGGUGAGCCGCUCGCCCAUCUACAGUCACUUCAAUGAGACAGUGCAGGGCGCCGGCAUCAUCCGAGCCUUCGGCGAACAGCGACGUUUCAUCCUGCAGGCUGACCGUCGCAUUGACAACAACCAGGAAGCUUAUUUCCCUCGCUUUGUUGCCACCAGAUGGCUGGCAGUAAAUCUGGAGUUUUUGGGGAAUCUGCUGGUUUUGGCUGCAGCCAUCUUGUCAGUGCGAGGUCGGGAUGAACUCAGCCCCGGCAUGGUGGGACUGGCAGUGACACACUCUCUCCAGGUGACAGGAAUCCUGAGCUGGAUUGUUCGCUCCUGGACUGACGUGGAGAACAACAUCGUAUCAGUGGAGAGAGUCAAAGAAUAUGAGAACACAGCCAAAGAGGCUGCAUGGACCCUGCAGGGCUGCUCACUGCCAGCAGCCUGGCCGAGCGCAGGGACCAUCCAGUUUGAAGACUAUGGACUGCAGUACCGUAAAGGUCUGGACUGGGCUUUAAGGGACAUCUCCCUCAACAUCCAGGACAGAGAAAAGGUGGGGAUUGUCGGAAGAACGGGUGCCGGAAAGUCGUCUCUCGCUUUGGGAAUCUUCAGGAUUCUGGAGGCAGUGAGCGGACGGAUCUUAAUUGAUGGGAUGGACAUCGCUCAGAUCGGCCUUCAUGAUCUCCGAUCCCGAAUCACCAUCAUUCCUCAGGACCCAGUGCUGUUUUCUGGCUCUGUGAGGAUGAAUUUGGACCCCUUUGAAACUUGUUCGGAUGAAGAUCUGUGGAAAGCUCUGGAGCUGGCUCACCUCAGCAGCUUUGUGUCAGCGCUGCCACAUAAGCUGAACCAUCAGUGCAGUGAAGGAGGAGAGAACCUCAGUCUCGGUCAGCGGCAGCUGUUGUGUUUGGCCAGAGCUCUGCUGAGGAAGACCAGGAUCCUGGUUCUUGAUGAAGCCACAGCAGCUGUGGACCUGAGAACAGACCAGCUGAUCCAGUCCACCAUUCGUACUCAGUUUAGUGACUGUACGGUCCUCACCAUCGCUCACCGCCUCAACACCAUCAUGGACUACACCAGGGUGAUUGUGAUGGACCAAGGCUCUAUUGUGGAGAUGGACUCCCCUCGUCAGCUCCUCCACCUGCAGGGACAUUUCUACCAAAUGUGUCUCGAGGCUGGUUUGGUCUAACAUGCAGAUUUAAAAACAAACCCUCGAGAGUGGACUGAUGUAAAAAUCAUGUUUGGCUAAUAAUCUUUCAUCGUCUUGUGUCCUUCGUUAGACAUUAUUAUAUAAUCAAUGCAUGUUUGUGAAAAAAAUCAUUU